AUGGGUUUCGAUAAUCUCAUGGCGAAGCUGGACCAAACCAUUACCAGCGUCCUCGGAGACUGGGACAUCUACUCCACGGCCAUCUUCGCGAUAGUCGUAUCAGCCUUCGUCUACCAGGUCUUGACAUCUCGCGAUCCAGAUGCGCAUCCAAUGCUACUUGCCAGGCAAUCUCAAGCUUCUCCAGUUAGACAAGAAGGGGAGUCUUCCGUCUAUCGAUCUCACUCGGCCCCUCAUGGAAUUCCGUUGAAUUCCGGGCUGAAUAUCAAAGAUCCAGGAGACUCGAAAUGGUCUCGAGGCCGAGACGGGGACUUGCGAGAUAUCUGGAGAAGGGCUGUUGCUGGUGGUCUGGAUUGGGAAGGAAAAGAGACUGGGGAAAUAGGACGUAUUCUGACUAUUCUCGGCAAAGAGAAGGUUAUUGAGCACAAUCUGGCUGACAUUACGCGUCAAAUUAACUUGAUCGGUCAAAAGAUCAAGCAAGAUGGAGGGAAGAAUGUUGCUAUCUACCUCCCAAACUCCAUCGAGUUCCUCGCAGCAGUGUUUGCAUGUGCCUUCUACGAUCUGAACGUCACUUUAGUACCAUAUAAUACACCCAUCGAAACGAUUGUGUCCUUUCUGCAUAAAUCGAAGGCGGAUACGAUCGUCGCGGCAGUCGGAUCAUUCCCAUUCGAUGCGAUAACUAAGAGUUAUCCAGCUCUUCAACAAAUCAUAUGGGUAGUCGACGAGGGGAAUAGACACAUGGACUGGAAUGAAGUCCCAACAGGCACUGGAGGAAAAAUCGAUGUUUCAACUUGGUCUGAGAUCAUCUCGGAGCAAGAACCAAGUGCAGGAACAGAGCUCCCGGCUGUUGAGCAGAAGUCUGAACCGAAGAAAGUGUUGGCAUUCUGGCCCUCCGGAGAGCUUGUCGAGUUCACCCACGCAAAUAUCAUCGCCGGAAUCGCUGGCCAACUGACUUCGGUGCCGGCCAACCAACGCAUUACCCAUGCCGACCUGUUCCUUCCAGCCGACUCUCUUUCCACGAUGUAUACGCUGGUCUUGACUCUGGCUGCUCUUUACUCCAAUGCAACUGUUGCUCUCAACUCGGUAGCUGGAGAAAGCCCCGAUCUGGCUCUGGCAACACAAGGCAUCGCGCCAACAAUGAUGGUUGCGUCCGCCAGUACCCUGGCCAGGACUCACGCGGAAACAGCAGGAAAGCUGAAUUCUUCGUUCUACGGGAUCGUUCAUUGGUUUCAAACCCGUUCUCUCGUCCAAGAAGGCGUCAUGCCCCUUGCAUCAAUAUUUUCACGCGCUUUUGAUCAUCUGCGUCCUGCCAUUGGCAAGACCCCAGGAAAGCUCCGCUUGAUCUAUGUAUCGGAGCAGGCUGGCGUGAAGCCUACUCCGUUGAGCUCUCAAGUGCUGUCAGAUCUACGGAUCUAUACUGGGUCUCGUAUCAUCUACGCUCUCACGUCCGCCAAGGUAGCUGGAGCCGUCACUCAGACCGGCCUUUAUGACUACAGGGUUGAGAACGAUCCUGGGGUUCAUUCGCAUUUUGGAGCUCCGGUGACGAGUGUCGAGGUGUUUUUCAAGGAUAACAAGGAGCACAAGACGACAGAUACGACUUCUGCUGGAGAUAUCUUUGCUCGUGGUCCAGCUGUUGCUGGAGGAGAAGCACGGUUGGGUAUCAGUGGAAAGAUCCGAGAGGACCAUACGUUGGCGCUGCUGUAA